AUGAAAUUUGCUACACUUAUCUUAGCAGCAACGUGUCUUAUCUACAGUGUAGAUGCAGCAGGAAAGAUCGUUGACUUGACAAACUUCCACGACAAGCAUUAUCAAAUGCCAAUUGAGUUGGAAGUCGGAGACAGAUUCGAGAUCAAGAUUAGAGAAAACCCUACCACUGGAUACAAAUGGUUGCAAUUAGACUAGGAAUUAGAAAAGCAUGGGCUUCAAGAUGUUAUUGUCCUAAGCGAGUCAAGAUACAAGUCUGAUGAUAACCCAAGAGGUGCCUCAGGAGUCGGCGGAACUAGAUUCUUAGAAUUCACUGCUCUUAAGCCAGGCCUAGGAGAUCUACAUUUGAUCAUGGCCAGAUCUUGGGAACUAGAGACAAUCCUUGAUAUUACUGAAGAACUCGACUCAUAUGUUAGUAAGUUAAUCCCAGUCAGAGUAUCAAAGUGA